AACGCGGCUGUGUUUACCGGCGGGCGCGGGCGGCACCGGGGUGGCAGGUGUCUUGGGAAGCAAUGGCCACAGCAGCUCUUCUGAACCCAGUACAACUUUGCUGCUACUUCCCUUCAAGCACGGCGCUCUCUGUCUUUCAGCCAAACGCCAUCACCAUGCACAUGACCCGGCCAAAAUCUGCCAAGGGUCGCACGAGGUCAACCUUCAAUUACUCUGGGACCACAGACACCUUUCCUUGUGCAGUGCCAUCAUCGCCAGCAGCUCCACAUGACUUACAGAGCAGCCGGAGAGCAUCAUCUGUGAAAGCAGUGUUCCCCUCCGGCCAGAUCUCCCCAGAGGAGAUCCCUGAGCUCCUGCAGCAGGUGCCGUUGCGGAGCUCGUCCUCCCUGAACAAAUACAGAGUGCUCCCCUCCAUUGGCCGAAAGGGAGUGGAGGGUGCAGCGGAGCAGAGCGGCCGUCUGGAUGCGAGCUGGGGACAGAAGGGUGCUCCAAAAACUGCGGUUCCUUCUGGAGAGCAAAGAUCUGCCUGCAGGUCACCAGAAAGCCAUGUCCCUAAUGAAGAAGCCUGGUGUGCUCCUGAGAAGCCAGGAAGGAAAAAGAGCUCUUUGUUAUCAACUCUGAGUUUGGAAGCACCGCUGCAGAAAGAGUCACGAUUGCUGCUUGCUAUUCGGUCUCCCUCCGGUCGACGGUUUGAACAUCACUUCAAGCCCACAGACAGUCUCCAGACAGUCCUUGCUAUAGCACAACACCAAACAGCUGCCAAAUAUGAACGCUGCAGCAUUGAAACCACAGAGGUGCCCAGACGGAGCUUCCAUGACCUCAGCAGGUCCUUGCAGGAGUGUGGGAUCCCCCACAAGUCUGUGCUGUGCAUCCGGCAGGCCGAGCAGCAGGACGCCGACCUGUAAGCUGAGCCGAGCACUGGAGCAGCUUGGUCCUCUUCAUCUUUCUACAAGUUCCCUUGAAGCAGACUCGUGGUUACCAAAAGCACGUGUUGAAGGGCUGCUUCAAGUGUACCCACCUAGACUGACUGCAGGGACAGUGUCUUUUAUCCACAAGUUCCUUCCUGAGUGCCACCAACUUUGGUUUUGAAAUUAACAGUUUCCUUCUUAGAUGCUUGUUCUGUCCUUAGAGCAGGAACCUUCUUCUGCGUCCUCUUCUCUGAAGGUGCCACUUCCCAGAGGGGAUCAAGCAUUCGGGAAGACAGAAGCAGAACUGUUGUACUCUGUGAAACUCAGCUGGAUUGUGGUUGUAUUGGUGAGCAGUGGGAUUUUCUCCUCAGUUUUUCUUCUCUUGUUUGACGACUGGUAGUUCAGAGGAGCUGGACAGUCAAGGUGGGGUGCUGCAAAAUACUUCACUUAAUGCUUUUAUGCUGAAAUGAAUUAGUCUUCAGGCCAAGUGCUGCAAUGGGAGGUUUGGCUGUUGUUUCUUUUGCUUACAAUUCUGUAUUAAUUGGCUUUGGGAGAGGAAUUGGCUCAUCCAGCAGUUUUGUUUUACUGAACCAAUAUGGCUCUUGCAAAGUUGUUUUGUCAAAAGUCGUGAGUAGGGCAACUUAGUCUGUCUGUGCUAAAAAAGUGGACAGCUUGCCACACAGCUGAGCUCAUUUUAUAACAUUGUGAGGAAAACCCAGGCUUUCAGCUCAGCAGAAUUGCCAGAGCAGCUCACAAGAGCGAUAACAGUAGAAAAUUCAUUCCAGUAUUGACCAAGAAUGUUGAAUUUCAUUCCAAAGUCAGUGUUCAAGGGUCCAGGUCUCUGCUGCAGCUGUUGGUGAGCAAGCUGUAGGUAUGCCAGCAUCUUCAGGGAGAGCACGAGACCUGGGAUGCUUUCAUCAGACCUUUCACAGCCGCUCUGUUGUGAUAUUUGCAGCAGCCUUGAGAACGUGGGCAGCUCAGGACCACGGAUGUGGGUGGUAGAAGAAGAGCACGGCAGCGUUAGCAGGCAGGGACUGGUGCCUGCUGUGUGUGUGUGAUGUCACUGCUGCUGUCAGAGUAUUUUCAUACAGUGUGAUGGCAAAAAAAAAUAAUCAAUAAAACCUUCUCAGCUAAAAUUUGAACUGGCAAUGAUUUCUGUUUGCUGGAGGCUCGGCCUCCUCUUCACCAAGCUGAAUGUUCCAGAGAUGGCCUGGAUCAGACAGCUCAGCCCUCCGACCGACCCGUGGACUGCAGUGUCUCCAAAGAAGUGUAUUUUUCUAUAGGAAAGUGCAUCAAAUCUCCAUCUAGGCAAACGCAGUGCAGGAAGAAGCUGCUGCCCCACUUCUCCCCCUCUGCCCUUUGCAAACUGGUCCCUGUAUGAGCAGGAGGUGAAGCAUCACCUUGAGGUGUUCCUGAAUAGAAAACGGAUCAGAGCUCGCGGCUGGGCUGCUCCCUACCUACGGCUCUUCAACAACAAGAAGGCAUUAAGAAACAAGCUGAGGCAGCAGUCGGUAUGUGUUCUUUAUUCCAAUUAAAAGUACAUUAGAAACAGCACACAGGCCCAGCAGCAGCUUUCAUGACAAUUCAACUCACUGCUGUCACGAGCUCGUUCAGCUGUACCACGAAAGGAGGUGAUUGCAACAAGUCUUCCACUCUGCACGCAAGCACUCACUCACCUGCCACUUUAAAUAGGUUUCCAACUGAAUAAAAAUAGAUACACCCCAGAAUACAAAAGAGUUUCACAGAUUUUUUUUCAUUUUUUUUUUCUUUUUUUUCUCCCCCCCCCACUAAAGCCUUUAUACAAAUCCAUAAAAGGGUGCACGGUUUCCUAAAAUUUUAGGUACAUUUUAAACGAGCCUCUUGUUGUUUUGUUUUGUUUUGUUUUUUUUUUACUUGGUAAAAGGAUCCACGUUCCUGUCUUUGAACAGAAUAUGGCGGCCAGAAUAAACUCCUAGU